AUGGCUCCAAUCACUUGUUCUGCUUCUCGGCCCCCUACCACGCCUGCUCGAGUCCCUGCUACUCCCCAGAGAGCUUCAACCCAGAAGUCGUCGGCUCACCCAAACGGUCGAAAGGCUCCGCAUUGUCUCACCUGCCAUAAGCCUCGCAAGGGUCAUUCGCGGGGGCGCUGCCCGACCCCAUCGCGCGCGGAUCUCUCUCAGGAGGCCCUCGAUCUUCUGCUAGCGGAUGCUAUACGUGCCCUACAUAUAGGCCCAGAGGUGGAAGAUGUUACUGUAUUGGCUGAUAAUUCGGCGGAGGUGGAUGGUACCACAAAACAUCGGCAAGAGCCAGGCCGUGUCAUGCCCGGGACAUUACCGCUCCCAGCGAACAGCCAUGGCGCUGUCGAGCCUCUCAGUGACCUUUACACGCCCACGAACACUCAGCGUCCCGACGGACUCGGGGAAGGGCCCGUCUCUACACCCAAGGCAUCCCCUCUCCCUCGACAGCCGACGGCGCAUUCGUCUCUCACUCCCAAACGUUCUGCAAGUAUGAGCGCGAGAGAAGACUUUCUUUUCGGCCUCGAUCGCAUCUCUAGCAAUGCACCGGUGUCGGUCUACACGGUGUCUGCUGCCGACAUGGAACAGUUACAGCCACUUGCAUGGAGGGUUGGAUUUCAUACGGCCAUGGUUGUCCCAGGGCAGGGCGACGAAGCGCUUCUCGUCGUCGGCACGGAUGACAAGGCAGUCAAUGAUGUACACGACAAACUGUUGAGGCAGGAAUCCGGCAUGGCCAAGAGCAGUAAUAACGGCCUGAGACAGGCUGCGGGUGGGGUACUCGUUGGCGCGGCGGCUGUACUGGCGGGGUUAGCAUUGUGA